UCUUUAUUAACUUCAACGGACUCCGACUUCAGUUCUUCGACAAAAGAUGUUAAGUCUAUUUAUAAAUAAGAUAAUGAAUUUAAAACCCGCCAUAUCCAAUCAAUGACGCAACCGAUCGUAUUUCCGAUCGACAAAGGCUAACAUCCCGCCAAGCCGAUUUGAAAGGUGUUUAAAGUGUUUGUUGGCUCGAAACGUUCGUUAACAAGGACGAUGUUGCGAGCACGUUGGUAAAAAAUACGCGUGCGGGACUUGAUUCUCGCACGCUCGUCUUCAUGUGUGACGAAGAUUAUCCCAGCGCGUUAGCCAGGCAUAAUGUCUGCUAGAAACGACCCCUUAACACCUUGCUGCUUCUGCAAUUCGACAGAGGACAACGAACUGCAAUAUGGAAAGUUUUAUGAACAUGAUGGCAUUGUCACGCAUUACUAUUGCCUGCUUUUAUCCUCUAACAUGGCACAGAAAGGAAAAGAUGAGGACGGCAUACUUGGAUUCCUACCAGAGGACAUACAGAAGGAACUGCGCAGAGGAAAGAGAUUGGUAUGUUCAUACUGUAGAAAGAUUGGAGCUACUUUGGGCUGUUGCAAUGUAAGAUGUAAACGAAUAUUUCAUCUCCCUUGUGGUUUAAAGUCCAACUCUUUGCAUCAAUUUUUUGGGGAGUUUAGGUCAUAUUGUGUGAAUCACAGACCAAAGCAAAAUAUUGAUAAUCAUAUUUUGACACAAAGUGUUUCAUCAGACAAUACAUUAUGUUGCAUCUGUUAUGACAAAAUAGAUCCCACGAAUUUGUUAAAAAUCUUAUGGGCUCCUUGUUGUAAAAAAGAUGCAUGGUUUCAUCGUAAAUGUGUUCAGCAACUUGCUUUAAGUGCUGGUUAUUUUUUUAAGUGCCCUUUAUGUAACAAUAACAAAGAUUUUGAAGCAGCCAUGUUGGAGCAUGGUAUUUUUAUUCCGAGUCAGGAUGCUUCAUGGGAAUUGGUACCAAAUGCAUUCGAGGAGCUUUUGUAUAGACACAAUCGAUGCGAUGCAGUAAAAUGUCUCUGUCCAAAAGGAAGAACAUAUACGAGCAGUAACGCAAUAUUUGUGAAAUAUUAUAGUAAGUGGGAACUAGCGUUAUGUCAGACCUGCGGCUCACAGGGUAUUCACAAGAGUUGCGGACAAUUGAAAUGGGCCAAUCCUAUAUGGGAAUGUGCCGAAUGUACUUCUAUUCUAAAUAACUCUGAAAACAAUGAAGACUCGAAUUCGGACAGCAACUCUGAGAGCUCUAGUCUGAAAAAUUCUGAUUUGGAUUCAGACAGUGAUACAGACAUUUCUGUGGGAACUGAAUUUCCCCUGCUGCAUGAAACAAAAACUUUGAAUUGUACUUCAUAUUCUACCUCAGAAUCUUUUGUAGAUUCUAUUAUAAGUCUUAAAUUACGGCCUGGUCCACGUUCUUUUAAGUUACGACAGUUGCUGGAAGCAGAGAAACUACUUGAAGUGGAGAAGCCAAUUGAUCGCUCAAAUAGUUCAAAUAUUAUUGACAAAUUAUUGCCUAAAGAAUCACAACAUAUAAAAGUUGAAGAAACCGAGACAAGUAAGAAAAAUAUUUCUAAAGAAAAUUUGCAAGAAAGUGCGAAAGAUGAUUCCCAAAAAGAACAGUUCAGUAAUAGCAAAAAAUCCCAACCGAGUCCACAACGCAAGAAUGCAGACAUUAUCACAAUUGAAACUGACGACGACGAUGAUGAAGUGCAGAUUAUUUCAUUGAAUCAAGAAACAGAUUCUUCGACUCCACUGCAAUCUACACAAUCGGACACAUCUCUUGUAUCAUUGACGGAUUCUAAAUCGCUGUUAAAUAAAACAGCAAGUUCUGUAGAACUCAAACCUAUAACAAUCAAUAUAUUAAAAACAGAUGCUACGCCGCUAAUCUCCACGCCAAAUAUGAUUUCUUUGAAUAACGACGACUUGCAAGACACAAAUGAGACAGAUACAAAUGAAAGUUCUAUGAAUAUCAAAAUCAGCAACGUUACGUCUCUGCCGGCUGAAGUGUUCGAGAGUGUGCCCGAUGUCGCAUCUAAGGAUGUUAAAUUGGAUAUCAAUUCUGUCGAAACGUUAAAUUCUCCAGUGAACGAAAACAAGUUGAAGGAAGUCGUCCUGCAAGUCUCACCCCCGAAGCGCAAUAUAUAUGAAGAGAAUAAUGCUGCAAAGCACUGUAAGAAAAUUAAAGUGAAUAAUUUUAAUAAAAGAUUUUUGGGAAGUUACACGAACCGCCCUACUGUCAUUGUGCAUAAUAUAAAUGGGCAAGAAAAUGAAAAAAUAUCUACCAUCACAUCUACCAAAAAUUGUGAAGAUAAUCGCUUGAGUUGUACAUCUGCAAACAAAAUUUCCAAUUUGUCGCAAAAUAAUGACUCGCCUACUCCAGUGACAUCAUUUCAGAAGACAAAUAUUAGAUACACGGGUCAGGUCGAAUCAAACUCCUCGGUAGAAAGUAGUAAUGUACAACAGAGUGAAGGAAGUACUAUGAACAUGAUAAUCAACAACAAUCCAAUUUAUAUACGUAUUCCGCAGAAACGUGAAAACGUUCACUAUAAAUCAAUAUCAAAUACAAAUCUUCACACCCAAUCUACAUCCAAUCAAGAAAUAGGAAUAAAAAAUGCAUACAAUAUGCUGUCGAGUAACGUUAUUCUGCCACAAGUGAAGAAGAAUCAACAAAUAAUAGCCACUGCAAAUAAUAACCAAAUCACGCUUGUCACGCAGCCGACGACAGUCGAUGCAAUUGUACCUACUACAGUGAAUAAAAAUCAAACAGAAGCAUUGGAUAAGCAGAAAUCUGACUUGGGAAUGAAAAUAGUACCUGUUAAUGUGUCCAGUCCCGGCAAUAAUUCUCUGAACUACAUCUCCUGUGACGGGGAUGCAGGCACCGAUCGUACUGGCACAAACUCUGCAGACGAGAGGGAGGAUCCAUCUAGGGAAUCUUGUGGAAGAUCUAUAAAUGGACAUGAUUGUUGUGUCAACGUCGAUUGCCGGAGGGUCACAACCCGCAGCAUCUUCCCGCAAGUCACAAACAACCACAAUACCUGUCAUCAACCUAGAUUGACGCCGCAGUACAUGAAUCUAAAAGAUCUUAAGUUUCAAGUCUGUGGAUCAGGAAGCGUUCAGAUGGUUCUGUACGACACGUUUUCUGUAAACAUCCCAUUAGAUCGUUCAAGAAAGCGCAAGAUUCGACCGACAAGUUCGGUCACGCCCGAGCCGAAAAGAUUAUGUACACCUGCUUCCCGUUCGCGAAGUGAAGCUUCGUCCAGUUUCGAUCAUUCGGAUGGUGCCUCAACUGCGGAAUAUGUAGAUAAAGUUUUGCGAUCCACGAGAAAUGAAAAUCAUCUGGUCAAUGAUAAAGCUAGGUGCAUAACGCGCGGUCGCGACGAAGCAAAAGAGAAUUUAGAUCCAGUCAAAUCUAAGACGCUUUCACGUAGAUUCUGUAACGUUAAUCUAAGCGAAGCCGAUGAGAUGGUGAUUAAAAGUAGUUGUGUCUGCGGGGAGAACGAUGGUGAAAUCCGUGUGAUCUCAAGUGAUAAUCCAAGUGCUUUAAACCGGACGAAUUGUAAUACGAAUGCUGAUAACGUAGCGGACGGAUUUGUUUCAAGCGAUCGCAAUCAAAAUUUACGAAUCAAUCUGGAGGAUGUAAAACAGCCUAAUCAAGUAUGUUCUAUGGAAGAAGAGAAUGAUGGUGCUAAAUCGUUUAAUAAAGAGGCAAUACACAACUUCGAUUUGAAUAUUAUUAACGCGAAUAAAAGUGCUGAGAAAGUAUUACACGAUAACAUUACUGCUUCUACUGGGGAGAAUCAACACGUUGAUGAUAACAAAAUAACUAUCACCGAUCGUACAAACGAUACGUCGAGAUUAUGGAAUAACAAUAAACACUUACGCAGUACGAAUAUCAGAAAAUUGAAGGCUCAAAAUCAGAGCGUCGCGCAAGUUUCGAACGUAAUUAUUAACGAUACUAAACAGAUCGGUACGUAUAAUUCUGAAAAGUUUACUCGGUGCGGAGCGUUGAAUAAGAGUUUUAUAAAUUGCAAUAGCAAUAAUGAGUCCGAUUGCAGUGAUGAUUCUUUUAAAAUUAGUAUAGAUCUUAAUAAAAUACGAAAUAUUAUUGACGCCAAACCAGAAUUGUUUGUAAAUGAGAAACGCAACGACGAACAGCAUAAAUGUUCAAGUCAGCAAGCUAACUCUACUCAACAACAGAUGGUAUAUAAUAUAGCGAAUAAAAAUAUUAACGACCAGUCGCUCAAGAAUGGAGAAUUGCAAAUACCAAAUGACACGAGUAAUGUGAAACAAAAUCCUGUAAAUCGGGAUACUUUCUCCAACAUGAAUACAUUUGCAUCAUAUCAGAAGCCAAACGUGGCAUUAGAUAAUUCGACAAAUGUAUCUUUGACAGAUAAGAUAACGCGAAAGAAACUCUGUACAAGAAAUAGAAAUAGAUGAAACAUAAUAAAUUAUACCUGUCCAAGUAAUAUUAAUUUUAUAAAUUUGUAUGCUAUAGGAAAUAAUUUGCUAGUUAAUUGAUUCUUGUUUUUUUUUUUUGUUUCAACAUUAUUUUUUAAUAAAAUGUGCAAGACGAAGUAUAAAUUAUUUUUUGCU